GCCCGUCGCCCGCGCCUCUGAAACCGGCCGCCGCUCGCCCGACCUUCUGCGCCGGCCUCGCGCCCCCCGCCCGGCAGGGGCCUCGGCGCCCCUCGGUCCCCGCGACCCCGCGCGCUCGCUCGGGGGGCGGGGGACUCCGGGGUCCCCUGCCCCACGCCGCUGCCCCCUUCUUUCUCGGGCAGCCCCCCACCCCAGCCUCUCCCCCAUCCCGCCGCUGCCUCUCCGCCCCCUCUCCGCCCCCGUCCCCAUAUCGUCAAGCUCAGGCGGCGUGGGAGGGGGGGCCUCCCGAAUCGACAGGAUGUACCCCCAGGGAAGGCACCCGACCCCGCUUCAGUCCGGCCAGCCCUUCAAGUUCUCAAUCUUGGAGAUCUGCGACCGCAUCAAAGAAGAAUUCCAGUUUCUUCAGGCUCAGUACCACAGCCUCAAGCUGGAGUGUGAGAAGUUGGCCAGUGAGAAGACAGAAAUGCAGCGACAUUAUGUCAUGUACUACGAAAUGUCCUACGGGCUCAACAUUGAAAUGCAUAAGCAGGCUGAGAUUGUGAAGCGCCUCAGUGGUAUCUGUGCUCAGAUUAUCCCCUUCCUGACGCAGGAGGGGACACUGGGUGAUGUUGGGGACAUCUGUGGUCAUCACCCCUGGGGGUGCUCCUGGCAUCGAGUGAGUGGGGGCCGAGGAUGCUGCUCCACACCCCACAGUGCCUGGGACGAACGCCCACAGAGGGUGACCCAGCCCCCACCACCAACAGCAGGUCCUGCAGGCCGUGGAGCGGGCCAAGCAGGUGACCGUGGGGGAGCUGAACAGCCUCAUCGGCGUGAGUCUUCCGGCCCCCGCCCCACCCUGCCGUGGGUGGUGAAGCUGGGGGUGCCGGGUGGGCAGCUGGCCUGGGCUCUGGCCCCCCUGGAGACCCCAAGGGUGCGCUUCUGCCUGGACCCUGCCUGUCCGGGCUCUCUCUCCGUAGCCUCUUGCGGGGGGGGGCGGCGGGGGGGCGGGGGGAGGGCACGGUCGGGGCCCCGCCCGCCCCUGGCCCACCCCCCUCCUCUCCAGCAGCAGCAGCUCCAGCCGCUAUCCCACCACGCCCCCCCUGUGCCCCUCACCCCUCGCCCGGCUGGGCUGGUGGGCGGCAGUGCCACGGGGCUGCUGGCCCUGUCGGGAGCCCUGGCCGCCCAGGCUCAGCUGGCCGCGGUCGCCAAGGAGGACCGGGCAGGCGUGGAGGCCGAGGGGUCCAGAGUGGAGAGAGCCCCGAGCAGGAGUGCAUCCCCCUCACCCCCAGAGAGUGUGGCGGAAGAGGAGCGACCCAGCGGCCCGGGUGGCAAUGGGAAGCAGAGAGCCGAGGAGAAGGAUCUGUCGGGACCUUAUGAGAGUGAUGAGGACAAGAGCGAUUACAACCUGGUGGUGGACGAGGACCAACCCUCCGAGCCCCCCAGCCCAGCAACCACCCCAUGUGGAAAGGCACCCAUCUGCAUCCCUGCCCGUCGGGACCUGGUGGACAGUCCAGCCUCCUUGGCCUCCAGCCUUGGCUCACCGCUCCCCAGAGCCAAGGAGCUCGUCUUGAAUGAUCUUCCUGCCGGCACCCCUGCCUCCAAGUCCUGUGACUCCUCCCCGCCCCAGGACGCGUCCACCCCUGGGCCCAGCUCCACCAGUCACCUCCGCCAGCUCGCGGCCAAGCCAGCACCUUCCACGGACAGUAUUGCCCUGAGGAGUCCCCUGACCCUGUCCAGUCCCUUCACCACAUCCUUCAGCCUGGGCUCCCACAGCGCCCUUAAUGGGGACCUCUCUGUGCCCAGCUCCUACGUCAGCCUCCACCUGUCCCCCCAGGUCAGCGGCUCUGUGAUGUAUGGACGCUCCCCCAUGAUGGCAUUUGAGUCUCAUCCACAUCUCCGAGGGUCGUCCAUCUCUUCCUCCCUGCCCACCAUCCCUGGGGGAAAGCCGGCGUACUCCUUCCAUGUGUCUGCGGACGGGCAGAUGCAGCCGGUGCCCUUCCCUUCUGACGCGCUGGUGGGCGCCGGCAUCCCGCGGCACGUGCGGCAGCUGCACACGCUGGCGCACGGCGAGGUGGUCUGCGCGGUCACCAUCAGCGGCUCCACGCAGCAUGUGUACACGGGCGGCAAGGGCUGUGUGAAGGUGUGGGACGUGGGCCAGCCGGGCGCCAAGACGCCAGUGGCCCAGCUGGACUGCCUGAACCGGGACAACUACAUUCGUUCCUGCAAGCUGCUGCCGGACGGCCGGAGUCUGAUAGUGGGUGGUGAGGCCAGCACCUUGUCCAUCUGGGACCUGGCGGCCCCCACCCCUCGCAUCAAGGCGGAGCUGACCUCCUCGGCGCCCGCCUGCUACGCCCUGGCCGUCAGCCCCGACGCCAAGGUCUGCUUUUCCUGCUGCAGCGACGGCAACAUCGUGGUCUGGGACCUGCAGAACCAGACCAUGGUCAGGCAAUUCCAGGGCCACACGGAUGGGGCCAGCUGCAUCGACAUUUCUGAUUAUGGCACUCGGCUCUGGACAGGGGGCCUGGACAACACCGUGCGCUGCUGGGACCUGCGGGAGGGCCGCCAGCUGCAGCAGCAUGACUUCAGCUCCCAGAUUUUUUCCCUGGGCCACUGCCCCAACCAGGACUGGCUGGCGGUCGGCAUGGAGAGCAGCAACGUGGAGAUCCUGCACGUCCGAAAGCCCGAGAAAUACCAGCUGCAUCUUCACGAGAGCUGUGUGCUCUCCCUCAAAUUUGCCUCCUGUGGGCGGUGGUUCGUGAGCACCGGGAAGGACAACCUGCUCAAUGCCUGGAGGACGCCAUACGGAGCCAGCAUCUUCCAGUCCAAGGAGUCAUCCUCCGUGCUGAGCUGUGACAUCUCUGGGAAUAACAAGUACAUCGUGACAGGCUCUGGGGACAAGAAGGCCACCGUGUACGAGGUGGUCUACUGAGACACCACUCUUCCUGCACCCCUGGCCCAACUCCUGAGGGAGGGGCAACCAGGACCCCCUCUCCAGUCCUACUCUGAGCACUAAGUCUCAUCUGCUCUCUGGCUGACCCCCUUACGUCCUCCCCUGCUGGAUGUGGGACCAGAUGUGCAGGGGGACUUUGGGGAAAUAAAUAAAUGUAUUUAUCACAA